AGUGACUUCCUGUCGGGGCGGUCCCCGCUGACCGCUGGCUCUGCGCGUGGGCGAUCACAUGAUGUUCAUCCAGCUGCAGCUGGCGGCUCAGCAGCUGCACCACCGUCACCUGAUCUCCCCCCCGCGCGCCCCCCCACUCCCACCGGGUCUCCACGGCAACGCCCGCCUGUCCCGCGCCCCCCGCCACCGCCCGCCCCGGCCCCACGCCUUCACCCCCAACUCCCCAACUCGCCCCCUGCCAACCGCAGCACCCCGCCCUCCUCCCCCUGUCCGGAGAGUCCUGCCUCAGGCUCCGCCCCCUCCUCCCCGCCCUCCCGCCAAGCCCGGCGCCUUCAUCGAGAGCUUCGUUAGCCACGCCCCCCGGCGUCUUCUCCGGAACCUUCUCAGGGUCUCCCAGCGUCCCUCGCUCAGCUGCGCUGCCCCGCGCCCGGCGCCCCCCUCCUCCCCGCCCCCCUCCCCCGUCGGGAGCGCCCCCCUGAGCCCCGGCGGCCUGCAGACACCGAGCCACAGCCACAACCACGGCCACAGCCACAACCACGGCCACAGCCACAACCAGAGCCACAGCCACAACCAGAGCCACAGCCACAACCAGAGCCAGAGCUACAGCCACAGCCACAACCAGGGGAGCAGGCCCGCCGGCGAGGGCGUGCGGCAGACGGAGAACCGCGCGACGCGCUGCAAGCUGGAGCGGCUGCAGCUGCUGCUGGAGCAGAGGCGCCUGCGCAGACAGGCCCGUCGCCACGGCAACGCCCCCUACCGCUGGCCGGCCAAUCGCGGCGCGGCGCGGGGCAGCCUGUCGAGCGGCUCCUCCUCCCCCCUGGACCUGGAGUACGACGACGCCGUGUGGAUGCCCGACGUCUCGCCCGACCUGGGCUCCGAGUUCGUCAUGGCUUAACGCCGCGGCCCCUCACAUCCCCUCUCUCUCUGGGACCGGAGGAGGAGAGGAGGAGGAGGAAGGAGAGGAGAGGAGAGGAGGAGGAGGAGGAGGAGGAGGAAGGAGUCUGGACGGAGGGAACAGGGCGAGAAGGAAACGGGUGCGAUGAAUAAGCCUGCUACCCCUGACAACAGGCCACACCCCCCCAGCCCCUCCCCCUCCUCGCGACUCUCCAUUGACCUUUGAACUUUACGCUGUCCUCUCUUUGUUUUUGUUAUUAUUUUUGUAAUGGAGAUAUAACAGUGGGUUGUAUUUCUCUUUUUUUUGUUUUUGGAGUGCGGUGGGGGAAUUGAAUGAUUGAACUGAAACAGACAUUGCUCUGGAUCCUGACCACAGACUAUGGGCUUCAGCGCUGGUUUUCUCUCGCUAAACACAUCUACAUGCUGGACUCAAACAGGACUGUGCAUUCAGGACUGCAGCUGCUGUACCCGUGCAUUCAGGAGUAUAGCUAUUGUAUUUGGGGAAAGCGCCUCUUGUCGGCCACAGUCUACCCUUUACCUCCCAGACAUGGGCUUUUUAGGUUUCUCUCCAAUAUGAAUGAAAUUG